AUGAAACCUUCUAAACUUAAACGACAUUUAGAAACGAAACAUCCGCAAUAUAGUAAUAAAGAUGAACAAUUUAUUAAAAGACAUGAAAAUUCAUUAAAGUUUCAAAAAAAAGUUUUUAAUACAUUUUCUACAGUUUCAAAAAAGCUUUGGUUGCAUCAUUCGAAGUUUCAUACUUAAUAGCAAAAACAAAAAAAACCGCAUUUGAUUGGCGAAUCUCUUGUCUUGCCAGCCGCUAUAAAAAUUGUAACGGCUAUGCACGGUGAGGCAUAUACUAAUGAUUUAAAAUCAAUUCUAUUGUCUAAUAAUACUGUAUCGCGUCGGAUUUCGAACAUAUAUGAUGAUAUAUUAAAACAACUUAUAAAUAGAUUGCAAAGUAAUUAUUUUGCAAAGCAAAUGGACGAAUCUACAGAUAUCUCUGACUUUUCUCAACUUCUUGUGUAUGGCAGGUAUAUUUACAAAGAAGAAAUUUUAAAAGAAUUUUUAUUUUGUCAAACUUUAGAUGGCAGGACCACUGGUAAUAACAUAUUUACCCUUAUUAAUACAUUUUUUGAACAUAAUGAAAUUUCGUGGUCAGUGUGUAAGGCCAUUUGUACAGAUGGUGCAGCAACACUUAUUGGAUCAAAGAAAGGCUGUAGAGCUAAAGUUAACGAAAUUUUACCAAAUAUACUAUUUACUCAUUGUAUGAUUCAUAGGGAAGCUUUAGCAAAUAGUGUAUAA